CGGGCUCGAAUAUUCUGAUCUACAGCCCUGACAUUCCGACGCACGACGAAAUAGUGGUGUAGGCUGCUGGCAGUGAUCAGCUGACCGCUGUGACACAUAGGAUGAAUUCACAAUACGUGUGUGGAUUUAUUUUUCAUUUCGUAAAUUUAAAACGUGCGUUAUGGCGAUAACCAAUGACAGCCUGCUCGAAAUGUUGAAUACGGAGAAUUGUGAUAUUCCUCAGCUGCCAACGGAGGUGCUUAUAAAUAUCAUGUCGUACCUUUACGGUUCAGAUAGAAAUUCAGCAGGGCUGGUUUGUACCCAUUGGCACGGUGCAUCGCUUGCUACACAGUUUAUUAAUCAACAAGUCAUAAGCGUGACUCAAAGCUCUGCUGGUGACAAUUUACACACUGUUAUGGCGAUACUAAAUAAUUCUGUACGACCGUUCUAUAACUUCGUAUUUAAGGAUGUUGAGCUCAGGGGGAUCGGGAACUUUUGGGAAAAGUUUGGCCCGGAAGUACGCAGCCUAAUUCUGGUAAACUGCAAUCUGGGGGAAAGGACUCUGGUUGAGAUUUUGAAAGGGUCUGAAAACCUACAGACCCUACAUAUUAACACUUGCAGGGAGUGCUUUAUGUCAGGGCGCCUGUUGGAUGAUCCGAAUGAUGUCAGAGAUCUUUCAAAAAAAUUAAUCAAUUUAAAAGAACUGAGUCUGGCCUCCAACAGAUAUUUGAGUGACGCGUUAUUCAAUAGAAUCGUUAAUAUUUGUCCGAACUUGAUAUCUCUGAGUCUGAGCGGGUGUCAGAUAUCGUUUCAUUCUGGAUUGUACAAAAAAUUUUAUCCCAAUGACGGCAACACAACACACGCUUCCGAAUCUGUGUUGACAUUUUGCAAUAUUUUGAAUUUCUUAAAACGUCAAGCUAAACAGUUAAAAUAUCUCAGUUUUGGAUCUACGUUAAUAGAUGGUACAGCUUUGGUGACUUUGUCCACCGUAGAACAUUUAGAACUAGAGUCACUAAAAUUACACGGUUGCGACCAGCUAACAAAUAUUGGUAUCCGAUCUUUGACCGAGUACCAGAAAAGCCUCAAGGUUUUAGAUGUAAGUUUCUGUACUAGAGUAACAGACGCAAGUUUAAUUAGUAUUAGUACGAAUUUGGUCAACUUGGAAGUUCUAAGUGUAAGAAGAUGCCGAGCCAUAACUGACCACGGAAUUAAACAAAUCAGACGGCUGAAACAUCUGAAAGAAUUAGAUAUAUCAGAAUGUGAACAACUCACAGGUGAUUGUAUUACAAAGGGUUUAUGUUCGACAAACUGGCAAGAGAAUUCAAAAAGUGAAGUUAUUCAAGAUGAAUUGAACUAUGAAGAACCAAUACCUGACCCCUCCAACUCCAUAUCUCCAGAACAGACUGAAUUAAAUAAUAAUUUGGACAAGUUGUAUGCUAAUGCAUUGAAUUUGGAUGAAAAAUCCAUACUUAGUAUCGCAACGAACUGUUCUAAGUUAACUGUGCUGGAUCUUGGAUAUUGCUUCAAUGCUGUAACCGAUAACUGCAUACAGAUGAUUUUCAAAGAAUUAGUGCUCUUGAGGUCACUAACGCUAAGUCGCUGUGACAAGGUAAGUGACCUUGGUUUGACAGGGAUGGGAGCUGGAAACAGGGAAAAUGUGAAAGCAGAAUGGUCUCGAAAUUACGUGGAACUUCCAGAACCUCAAUUGAGGAUACGCUUAGGGUCUAAGGUUGAAGCAGAAAUUUGGCGUGAUGCUAAAAGAAAACGAGAAGUGACAAAAUUAUGCGAAGACCUUUCAAUGCCAUGUAAUAAUGAUGCCAGUUCUGGCUUUUCUUUGGUUCGACUGAGAGGUCUUAAACAGUUAAAUUUGGCUGGAUGCAUAAGAAUCACAGACGUCAGUCUCAAAUAUGCUUUCAACUUUCCUGAGCUGAGGAUUCUUGACCUUAGCUUAUGCCAGCAGAUAACACACGAGGGUUUAGAUUUUUUGACUAAAAAUAAUAGAGCUUUAGAAGAGCUGCACUUGUCGCAAUGUCAUAACGUGACUGACAUCGGAAUUUCAUACAUUGCCAAAAGAUUGCAUCGCCUAAAACGUCUCUAUUUGCAGGGGUGCUCCCAGCUAACAGACCACAGUUUAGAUUCGAUAAAGAUCCAUUGCAGCUCUUUACAAUUCCUAGAUGUUAAAGCUUGCCGUGGAAUGUCUGUUGCUGGUAUAGAAAGCUUAGUUCAUUUGAAUAUUGAUUAUUCAAAGGAAGCUGAAGAUAUGGUUUCUAGUAAGAAACCACCACCUGCUCCCCCGAUGCGAAGAUAGCAAAAGUGAAAUUUAUUCAAAGGUUGUUUCUUGAUCUUGGUUAUAACUGUAUUUUGUAUAAAAAUCAGAGUAUUUUAUCCAUAAUUUUUAAUCUGAUACAGAACCAAAUGGAAACAUGUAAAUAUUAAAGCUUUUGUGUUAAACACCAGCAACUCUCAAAAUCAUUUUAUUUGAUUUUAGACAUCUUUUUGUAAAACAUGAGAAAAAUCAUACAACCAUGAAUGAUUACGAAACUACCAAAUAUGUACAAAAUUAAAUCAAUAGAGCCAUGGUGAAAUUCCCUUGUACUUGGAACUCAUUUCAGGGACUCAGCAAUUAAUAUGAGUAUCUACAGCUGAGAAAAAUAUCUGGAAAUUAUACUCAGAAUUUUUACUUUUGUCAACGUUAUUGCUGCUAACAUGUUAUUUAUUGAUUUAUGUGACUAUGAGAUGUUUUGAGUCAACCUGUACAUGUGUGAAAUAUGAAAAUACUUUUCAGACAAUACAAUAUCUAAUUGUACGCACAAACAUUCGAAAGAAAAUUCAUCGAAUUUCAAAUUUACAAUUAUUUUGUACACUCAUUACCGACAAAGUAUGAGUCCACGGAUACCAAGAUACAGUUUGUGUGUUUUAGUAACCAGACGGGAAAGAACGCGAGGUAUUCUCAAAAAAGAAAAUGAAUACAUACAUAAAACGUAAGUAAAAUUCUUCCCGCCGUUCGACGACCAAUAGCUCUCCAAGUAAUUUUGUCGGAAUAUUUUUUUGAUAAACAUUUUACCUCCAUAAAAUUAUGUAUGAUGAUUAAUAAAUAGCAUCAUCAACUUGUGCUACAUAGAAUAUGAAAGUAUGGCAAUUUUUUAAAUUCUGUGUUAAUAAUGAUAGGUAUCGCAAAAAUUAGUAGAAUACAUAAAUUCGGAAUUAUCGUUAGCGUGCGAUAAGCCGAUUGCGAAGCUUACUAUGUUCUCUAUCUGUUCAUGUAAUAAAAUCUUAUUCAAUAAUUAAUUUUAAAUUAGUAAAAAUAGUUGACGUUUUAUUUGGAUAACUUAUGAAAUGAGAAAAACUGAGCCGGUAGCUAGGUAUGGCUCAAUAAAGGAAUACGAAAACUAACUAAGAUAGCCGAAAAAAUCCGAACUCUGGUUGAACAUAAACUAAAUUCUUCCUUUCUGAUUCCGAUUCGAUUAUUAGAUGAUUAAUUUCGCAGCCUGAUUUCGGCUCAUGAAAAAUUCAAUCGAUAAUAUUUUAAAAUCAAGCUACUAGGAUAGCUUCAGUACUUCGUCCAAUUCUAGAAAGAAAGGAAUAAUCUUAGUUGCCUUAACAUUAAGAUAUAGUGAUGUAUAUACCAUGAUAAACGAAAUUAACGAGAAAAGUCGAUGAGUCGACAAAUGAUAGACCUACUGAUCUAGCAAGUUCAUGGGUGUGAAACAAAUUCUGAAACUUGAACGUAUUUACAAUGACCUGUAGGAAAUAUUGCGAUGCUUUACAUUGUCGACGUAUUUUAAGUCUUCAAUAUAGAUAUGGCGAAAAUAAAAUACAGAAUAGAAGAAGAAAAAAAA